UCAAUCGAUACUGCCCGUACUUCCCGUAUUACUAUUACUUUCCCAGGCCAUACUAUUACCAUCACAACUAUCCGACAUGCCGACUUAUAGAUCCAUCGCAACAUUCCUGCUGUAAUGGCAAUGUAUUUGAUAAGUUUGGGCCAUACGACAGAUGCUGUAACACUGCACGUUACGAUAGAAGAUAUUACAUAUGCUGCAAUGGACAAGUGAGAAAAAGAGUGAGCGCAACGACAACAACUUGCUGUGGAACAGAGCCGUAUAACUACCGUGAAAACACAUGUUGUUACAACCAGGUUCUGCGAAUAACAGAUGACAAACGCUCGUGUUGUGGAUACGAACUAUACAACUACAAGACACACAAGUGCUGUAAUGGCAUUGUGGUCCCCGGUGGAAACAAUCAUAUAUGCUGCGGGAACAGAGCGUGGGACGGCACGCUUUAUGGAUGUUGCGGCAAUGAACCAUUUUAUAAACCACGUUGGAGUUGCUGUAAUGGCAUGAAAGUCAGCGGUGGAGGCAAUGAUGCAAGAUGCUGUGGACUGAAGACGUUUAACAGAAACACUCAUAUGUGUUGCUGCAGAUGCAUCCAUCCGAAACAGUCCUCGUACCAG